CGUCACUUCCGCCCGGCGGCUCACUGCGUCCGGGUCAGCAGCUGUGCCGCUGUCUAGAGCUGCGGCCGGCAGUCGGCUGAGGUCUCCGGCGCAGACCCAGGGGAGCGGGCUCCGCUCGGCCGACUUCUGCGACCUGGCCGUCAGCCCCACGUCGCCGGCCUGGAGGGGCGAGGAGGACGAGGGGGCCGAGGCUUCCUCCGGGGCCAUUGGCUCUCUGGAUUGUCAGGAGUUUGUAGUUGACAUUGAAUCCCGGCUGAGGAUGGAGGGUGUGGAGCUGAAAGAAGAAUGGCAAGAUGAAGAUUUUCCAAUACCUUUACCAGAAGAUGACAGUAUUGAAGCAGACGUGCUUGGUAUACCUGGACCAGAGAACCAGCCUGACUCACCAGAAGUUAAUGGAAAUAAAGUGAGAAAGAAAUUAAUGGCUCCAGACAUUAGCCUGACACUGGAUCCUAGCGAUGGCUCUGUGUUGUCCGAUGAUUUGGAUGAAAGUGGGGAGAUUGACUUAGACGGCUUGGACACCUCGUCAGAGAACAGCAAUGAGUUUGAGUGGGAAGAUGACCUUCCAAAACCCAAAACUACUGAAGUCAUUCGGAAAGGCUCCAUCGCGGAGUACGCUGCAGCAGAGGAGAGGGAAGAUGGGCGGCGCUGGCGCAUGUUCAGGAUCGGAGAGCAGGACCACCGGGUUGACAUGAAGGCCAUCGAGCCCUAUAAGAAGGUCAUCAGCCACGGAGGAUAUUAUGGGGAUGGAUUAAAUGCCAUUGUUGUGUUUGCUGUCUGUUUUAUGCCUGAGAGUGGUCAGCCUAACUACAGAUACCUGAUGGACAAUCUCUUUAAGUAUGUUAUUGGCACUUUGGAGCUGUUAGUAGCAGAAAACUACAUGAUAGUUUAUUUAAAUGGUGCAACAACUCGAAGAAAAAUGCCUAGUCUGGGAUGGCUCAGGAAAUGCUAUCAGCAGAUUGACAGAAGGUUGCGGAAAAACCUGAAAUCUCUAAUCAUUGUACAUCCCUCUUGGUUCAUCAGAACACUUCUGGCUGUUACAAGACCAUUUAUUAGCUCAAAAUUUAGCCAAAAAAUUAGAUACGUCUUUAAUUUGGCAGAACUAGCGGAACUUGUUCCAAUGGAGUAUGUUGGCAUACCAGAAUGCAUCAAACGGUAUGAAGACGAAAAGUUUAAAAAGAAACAAAAAAGAGUCGAUCAAGAGCUUAAUGGAAAACAAGAUGAACCAAAAAGUGAACAGUAAGUUAGGCCUCAAGCUCAGACAAGACUGAAGGGUGUGGCCGUGAUGAAGCCAUGUUCUGUUUCGCAUUUGUGAUGCAUUUCUUGGCUUGUAUUUUUGUGUAAUCUGUUACAAAAUCAAAUUGACUUUUUAAUGGACUUUUGUACAAGGGACUGUUCACUGCUGUUUUGGUUUUUAAAUCUCGAAUUUAGCUCUUCGGUGGCUACUUAUAUUGUACUCACUUUAUAUUUUCUAUUGCUAAAUAGCAGAGAACUACACUUUAUAUAAAACAAUUUUUGCAUUUGUUUGUUGAAUAAUGCAUCUUCAGUAAAAUAUUUAUAUGCAUAAAUGGCAAAGGAAAGAAAUAAUAUAUAUUUUUAUGUUUUUAAACAAUAUUUUUUAAUGUAUACCUAUCUUGUGGAAGAAUAUUCAGGUAAAUAAGACCAUGAUUUUGUAAAGUACAUGUUAGAAUGUUUGUUUUUCUACAUGGUUGAAUACAUUUCCUGGGCAACUUAGAAAAUUAAGUUGCUCUAAGGCAAGAGACAGUUAAACUGAUUCUCAUGAAUACCCAAAGAUAAUAAAUAGGUUAGUAGCAUCCCAAGCUCACUUGACAUGUAUAGUUCUUUAACUCAAAAGUGCAAAUACAAGUGUACUGCACACUUACUCCUUUUUAAAAACAAGUCAAAAAGCCAUUUUUCAGAACUAGAGAACUUAAGAGGCUAGAAAUUAGGGUCUGUAUAUAUGUAUAUUUGGGAUAUUUUGUCUUCUGGCCCAAAGUCAGGACUGUUACAGAAACCUUGGAUCUGGUCGCUGAUGUGAAGCAGGCCGUGUGUUGGGAGCGUCGCCCUGGGCUGUGUGAGGGCCACGGAGCGUUGCAGAGAGUGGGGCAAGGUCUCACUGUCGCACUUUCUCGGUAGGACACAGGCUGCUUUUAAAAUCCCUCACUGUGGGCACUUUACCAGGAUACUUCCGUGUCACUUACCUGAACUCAGUGGUAGAUCGGCCUCGUAAGAUACGGUAUGUUUUCAAGUUUCUGUUGAAUCGUGUUUGACGAUUCUGUAAAUUAGAUUAAUUUUGUAAGUCUUAGAGCAUCAUUUUCUCGUGCUGUUUGGGACAUCAUGUUUGAUAGAAGCAUUUAAGCUCCUCGUUUCGUUUGGCGACUACCUUUACAUUGGAAUAAAUGGUGUUUGUGCAGCCAAACAGCUUAAUUACCCGCACACUCUCCUUCAAGCCGCUCACUGGUCUAGUGUACGUCCCAUGCCGGAAUAGUGUGAAUAUGUGCAGUAAGCUCAUUACCGUCUGUUUGAAGAUCACGCUGUGCAGCCACCUGUAAGCUACUGUACAUGAGUAGCAACGUUAAAGUGGCUGUGAGCUCAGCUUUCAAGAUGCAUUGUGUCCUGUACUGAACGUAUACAUGGUUUACACUGCCGUCAUUUUUUAGUAUUUCUGUCACAAAAGGGAAUUUUUCUUUCACUUUUUGUCCUCUUCGGCCAUACAUUAGUGUGCUAACACAGAGUCUAGUCGGAGGUACUAGAGGAUUCUCUGGAUGAAAUAAUACUCUUGAGCAGCCUCUCGACUUGGAUCCAGCAAUUCUGGGCAGAUCCUGGACUGAUGGCAUUACAGUAAAUUCAGCCGGAACCACCAUCUUGGAAACAUUUUGUGUUGAAGAAGGAACAGAAAAUGACUACGUAGGCAUGCUUUCUAAACUUCCCAUGUGAGGGAGAGGAAUGUGGGUCAUGCUGUGAUCAGACACGAUACUUGCAAAGCAUUGUGGGUGGUCUGGUCUGUAUGUCUUUAUGGUCUUAAAACGAGUGGAACUUUCUAACUGGUGGUUUACUACCACACUAAGUCCUUAGCUCCUGAACUUGAAAAAUGUAGAGUAAUUGAAACUUUUUAUUGUGUUUAUUAACUUUUGCAGUCAUUAUUCCUAACUGCAGAACUUUCUGGGAAAGUUCCGUUUUUCUAAAUUUUUUAAAAAUAGAGGUAGCCUAAUUCUGUCAAAACAUUACAAUUCAGAGGGAGCAGUGGUAACACUUGAGUUACAGUGAAAGGGCCAGGCUCUAAACCACUACCUUAAAGGGAUGCUGUUUUAUGUGUACCUUCAUGGGGUCUGCUGUAGGGAUAUACCCACAAUAAAUGUCUCAUAUGUAAGCUGAUAAUUAGUAGAUUAGAAGGAUUUCAGUUUAUUUGUAACUUGUAACAUUUUCCCUUAUUCUAUUUUGAUUUCCAUUACUGAUGGAAGUAAAAGUACAUACAAUUUUAUUGUUUCUACUGGGAUCAUGGAUCUAAGUUAAAUGGUUUGAUUUGCUCUUUCUCUCACCAGCUGUGAGUGCCCCUCUUUAGUCAAAAGUUUCUCUUAUGAGGUAUGAAAUAGGCACCGGGGAUAUAGCUCAGCGGCAUAAGCGCCUGCCUGGCAAGCUCAAGGUCCUGAGUUCACUUCCCAGUACCAAAAAAAGGAUAGGAGGUAUAAAAUAAUUUGAUUCUGCUUGAUCAUAUUCUUAAACAGGCACCAAGGAAAUCUGACGUUGAGCUCACCUUUAAGUUUAGUCAUCAUUAAUUCCAGCAGGGUGGAGAGGACAUGAAGAAAGAGGCACUGAGUAGUAGGUGAGAAGAGAGAGAACCCUUACAAAGGGACGGUGACUUCGCUCUUACCUAACCUGCCGCUGUACCCCCGACGGGAGUGCUACACAGGCAGCUAGUGGUGCCUUCUCUGGAGUCCAGCAAGAACACCGUAGGCCACACACUGUUUGAUGAGGCGACCAUGGGUUGAAGAAAAAAUUGGUAAUACCUGUGAUAAAAAUGUGUGCUUUUCUCUGCUUUCUGUGUCUCUUGGUACAGAAGCAAGUUUGAAUAGACUGGGUUAAAAAUACAGUGCUCAAGUUCAUGUUCAGGACUGUCAUUUUCUGUUUCUCAGUUGGGAAACUGCUUUCAUAAUAAAAUCUUGGGCUGGUAGUGCGGCUCGGUGGUAGAGCACUUGGGUAGCAUCUGCCAGGACCUGGGGGUUCAACCCCAGGAAUGGCAAGCAGGGAAGAGGGGAAAAAGAAACCAGAAACUCCCAACAGACACCGCUACUUAGUAGCUGCACUGAACACAGUACUGAAAUCUGCUGCUUGACCAGUAAAUAGCCAUAGCUAGUUUCUUCAACCACAACUCCAGAAUCUGAGAGGCCUGCUUCUUGAUAGGCUUACUAUCUGGCUGUGUGAGUGCUCAGGGAAUGCAGAAGUGACUUAGUGCAGAAGUCGCUUUUUAGAUUUCUUCAGUUGACAGAUAAGUUAGUGUAUAUCUGGUAGAAUAUGUCAGUUUCUUGAUGAGUCCAAGGUUGUAUAGGGAAGAUGGAGGCAGCUUCAGCCUUCUUUUUCCUAUGUUGUAACAUUGUUACCUUUGCUGAGGUAGAGAUGGGCUGACAACAGAGAUGACUACAUCUUGUUUUUGUUUUGACGCCUGUUUUUUCUUUCCCCAUUCUAUAUGGAUACUUGAGAAAUGGGCCACAAACAAACUUCAGAGGGAUGGAGUAAGUAAAAGGAAGUAACGUAAGUUAGGCCCGCCUUGCUACAAGAGAGUUCAUCUGUCCUCGGGGAAUGGAAUUUGUGGUGUUUGAAAUUGCUGGGAGGGAGAGCCAAGGACUGAGGCCGUUGGGAAGGCUAGUGUGGAGGGAAGUGGGGUUCGCCUUCCCCGAGUUCUGAGCACCCCUUCCCUUUUCCGUGAUGCUGUGUGAAUUUAGAGUCAUCACCAGGGAGGCCCACUAAUGCCUUUGCUUUAAAGUUCUAAAUGGCAAGCAGAAAUAAAGUAGAACAAUACAAAGCAACAGUAAAACUUGAAUAGAAUAGUUUGUUUUGCAAACUAAAACUGCUAUGAAAAAUUCCUAUGCAGCAUUUCAUAAGUCAAGCACCAGAUGAAAACCAAGUCUGCUUUCAAGUCAGUAAAGACUGAUACUGAGAUGUUGGCUUCAUGUAGCUAUUGGGUCUUAUCUUACGUGACAUCUUACAUUCAGCAAAAGGUUAUCUUUGCUUUUGAAGUUUUUAAAACAUUUUUCACAUUCAGUUUGACACAGGAACUUGGAUAAUAUCAGCUACUUUAAUGUCCCCUUUUAACAAUUGCUUGCUAGUUUAUUUACAUAAGCCUGCCUAGUAAAUACUGGUGGUAUUCAGGGCCACUGAUUUGCACAACCCUUGGGACACAAUUCACGUAAAACAAUUCAGAGUGUCAGUGCACUUUGAUACAUAUUUCAGAAAUACGUUUGUUACAAGUUCACACGCUGUCAUUUGAAAAAAGUUACUGUGACCUUUUUAUAGUGUUAGAUUGCUGUUGACUAGUACCGUCGUUUCAGCGUGAGAAAUUAAACUUCGAUAUCUGUAUGCAACAUGCUGAUGAGGUCCCUGUAAGAAAUGUUAGUACUGGUCAUGAUUCACAAUGUAGGAGAUGUAAUAUUUUCUUUUCCUUUGACCUUUUAGGAAUACAGUAACUUGUGUCCUUUUUUGUUGCACAUAGUUUUCCAACGUUAAUAAAUUUAAUUGGAAAGUUG